UGUGCAUGACCCUGCUGUGUUGUCAUUCAAAUUAACACUUUGCCUAUUCGCAAAGAGUUGUGUUUAUUGGCUCAGGGACGGAUUAAUUUACUAAUCACAAAGCUUUGGCCGGUGUGGAAUGAUCUUGGGAUUACUUCGUGUUGCAUUUCAAGGCAACGAAAAAUGUUAUCUGAAGCUAAGACUAAAGGCUCAUGGAGGUUCAUUUAUCUCUGCUUCUAUUUACACAACAAAAAGACUUUUAUUCUAUCUUGAUCAGGUGAGAAUUACUGUGUUUUGUUCAAUAGUCUUCUAAUCUUGUCAACACUGUGGUUCCACUUCGCUUGUCAAAAAUUUACGAGAAAUAAUGAAGUUUUAGCAAAAGAGGACCCUGAAUAGAUCCAUGUAUGUGUCCAAGUUCGAUAAUGUUUUGCAUUUUCUCUGUUUACUUCGCUGUUCAUUUAGAUUUGUAAUGUCGAUUCUUUCAGAAAGUUGCGGAAGGAUAAACCUGUCAAUGUGACAGGAAAUCCACUCUAUUCAUUCCUUCAGUACACUUGCUCACUGCACGAAGAACUAUGAAAUAUGUCAUACAUCAACGCGGCUGCCCUUAAAAUGACGCGAACGCGAAAUGUUUUUCCAUUCAAAUCUCUCGACGCAAACACAAGUAAAAAAGAACCGCUCGCAUUGUAUGCUCUUUGCUCACUCAUAAUACGUUGCAUGUUUACAGUUUGAAGCUAUAAAAUUUGAGUUCAUGGAUUAUUACAUAUUGCGUUUCAUUUGUAAUCUACUUUCUGUACUUACAGAUGACUUCAAGUGUUCCGCAGCGCAUUGUGGGAUAGAUCUCCCCGGCUAUGCAAAGAACCGAGAAUAUAAAUAACCUCAAUGGGGUUACACCGCAAUUCCGACAGAGAAAGGUUUCUAGUUCUCGACGAUUUCAUGAGAGCAGGAAAAUCGAACCCACGGACAUGGCUCGACCUAUUAGCAAGAACAUGAACGGACACACAAAAUAUGAUAUGAUUAAUGGACAACCCAAGAAAGCAUCCGCAACUUCUCUUGAUCCUUUCUUCGGAGCUGCCACAUUACUGGGAAGUGUAGGAUCUCUGAGAGCUGCUGAAACUACGGACAGAUAUCGAAGAGGGAGUACUUCUCAUGAAGAGGACAUGUACAGAGAUUUCCCUUUUCCUUUCGAAAAUUUGGUUUUUGAAGGAGGGGGAAACAAAGGAAUGGCUUACGUUGGUGCUCUUCAGGUCAGUGUAGAGUGCGUGUUGCUGUUUUGAUUUGUUUUCAAGUUCCUUGAUUGUUAUGACACUUUUUGCAUCCAGCCGAGAUUCCUUCGCUACGGCCUGUUUACUCGGCAUCACAAAGAUAGUUUUACUUCCAGUUUGUUUUACGUGAAAGAAAACGCUAGUUUAAGGUAUAGAUCGAAGCACAUUUGAAUUUUGUCUUCUUGGUCGCAUUCCCUUCAAUGUCAGCAACAACUUUGACAAUCGCGAUUAAUUUGUCGCAUUCGUAAUGAAGUACGGCUUAACUCCUCGAAGAAAAAAUUGUCUCCGUUAUGAAACAAAGUGAAUUAGUAAGGAAUAUAACGUUCUAUAUGUUAAGACGUUUUAUAUCAUUUACUUUGAGAAAUACGCUUGAGAUUUCUGUUUUAUCUGAAGAUAUUGCGAGUGCAUUGUGUAGAGAUAUUUCGUUCUUAACCUUUACCCAUUGUGUGCUAAUUUGCUAAUUGCUAUUAGCAUAUUGGCAUAAAAGCUGGUUUAUUGAAUAUGCAAAAAAAUAGACAUUUUGAAAUUUUAGCUGUUACCUAUUCCAAAAAGCAAUAAUCUUCCGGUUUGACCUUUUCGAAGACAAUUUCAACAGAUGGUUCGCAUUAAAGAAGCCACGAAAGAACAUCGAUUCCUCGAUCAUUCUCUCAAAAUGUUUCUGUCAAGUUAGUGUUACGUUUUACUACACUCUACUGCUUCGUAACUUGAUCAUUGUCCUCGACUGACAUACACAUACAUGUAUACAGGUAACAAGUUUUACCAACUAAAAUAAGUCACAUAAGCUCACACGAAGAGGAGCUUUGGCUCGAACAAUCACAUAUGACACACGUUAGUAAUUUCUUAUUUGCGAAAUCAUUACUACAUGAAAGUGGCUAGCUACAUAGUUAGCUAAUACAAGCGUGUAAUUUUAAAUUAAAAAUAUUUUCUUAAAAAACUUCCAUAAGAUUAAUACAUAUAACAAACAUACUAUCCAUGGGCAGUAUUACAUGUAUUUGGGUGUAAUAUUGUAUCACCUGACAGGAUAUAUUGAAAAAAAGAAUUGUAAAUAUACGUACGGUCAGCUUACAUCAAGCUACUAGUAAGUAGACGUCAGAAUGAUAUUUCCGUUUUUUUUUCUUUUGGGCAGCUAGCCAGGUCAUCAUAAUAUCUAAUCUAUUACAUCAUUAGUGUUCAGCAAACAUUGUUGGGUGUUGUAAGUCAGAAAGCCUUGGAAGGAUUGUGGAUUAACAAAAAAAAAAUCCAAAAAUGGAUGUCAUUUGGCAAAUUGUAAUUCCUUUUAUCUGACGUGAAUUUCUAUUCCAUUUCUAAAUCUAAAUUAUGCAAAAUCUGCUUUUGUGUUUCAUGAUUUGUUGAAAAAUUUGGUGAAAAUUUGGUUUGACACUCCAAAUCCAAAUUUCCUUAUCCAAAGCACCUUUAAUAGAAUUUAUUAAUUUGUUAAAAUAUGUAUGGUCCAUUUCCAAGUUGUCCCAAGCCUCUGUUUCAAAGCGAGGCUAAGUGCAUUAUAGUCUGUGAUAUAGAAAAAAAAACGAGUUUCUCUGUAGCUGCACCUACUCUCUGGAAUUCCUUGCCCAUAGACAUCCAAAGCGUGUAAACUUUGUUUCUCUUUAAAAGAAAGCUCAAAACAUUUUUAUUUAAUCAAUUUUAAUUUAGUUUUGUAAAUUUCUUAUAUGUUAUUUCUUACCUUUGUCAAGCACGCUAAGAUUGUGUAGCUGCGCUCUAGAAGAAUUUCACUAUUACUAUUAUUGUUAUUAGUGGCUUAUUAGCAGAAACAGAUCAUACUACUAAAGGUGUAAGUUAUGUUCCAAGAUGUGUCGCCCAUCAUGGUGGGUGGACCAAAAGCCCUACGUGACUGCUGAUCUAAUAUCAUCUAAAAACGGUAGCCACUCUGGUAAAUUACACUCUAAAAUUUUUUACUAAACUGACCUUAUAGGGUUAAAUUUUAAUCCACAGUAUCAUUUUGUGUUAUCAUUACGUAGUGUCCUGGAAUGAAGGGUCAAAAGGAUUUUAUUCUCUGUUUUCACUGUCAUGCCAUCAAAAAUAAAAAUUCAAACUAUUGCAUGCAAGAUUUGUAAAACUUUGUAUGAAGAUGCCAUGUUGGUGUCCCUUUAAGGGGUACAAAUAUGGCCACCGGAAACCAACAGAAACAUCUGUUUUUGAGUCUUUCUACAAAUGCAUGAAUUCGUCACUUGAGGAACUCAUAAAGAUUAAAGUAAUAGUUAUUCUGAGACAAGGAAUGUUUAGAUAGCAAAAUCUCAAAAACUCAGUAACGUUUUUUACCCAUACAGUAAGAGCUUUCCCAUCUGACAUCUAAAUGCAGCAUCAUGGAAAAGCCUCGAAAUUCUAGCAUCCUUUGUCACAAAAAGAAGAAUUCUUUCAAAUGGAAAAUUUGUAUCAAUAAAGGUGUCUACUGUGUAGCAUGAAUAUUUUGCGGGUUCUAAUUUCUGCGAAUUUUGCGGAUUGACCUCGAUCCGCAAAAAUUAGUUCCCGCGGAAAAAAAAACCACAAAAUAAAACGCCGCAAAAAUUAACUCCCUUCAGUCAAAUUGAAAACUCUGCUUUUAAUGGACCUUUUGUGUAUGGUAGGGAUACGCUUUUGUUUUGUUUUGUUGUUUUUCUGUCCCUUUGUGCAGUAAGAUAUUACAGUGAUUACCGUAUUAUUCUCCAUUAAAUAUGUAAGUAGAGUGAACUUUGGCUCAACAUACUGUAAAUAUUCUGCUACUUGAACAGAGAAUCACAAAAAUUAGUUCCCACCAGAAAUUUCAGUCAUCUCGAACCGCAAAAAUUUGUUCCCGCAAACCACAAAAAAUUGCCAAUCGGCAAAAUAAAACUCCCACAAAAUUUUCAUCCUACAUGGUAGGUGCUGUAAUACAUUGUACGUAGGUGCUCAAAAGAAUCAAUACGGUAAAUGGAACACGUUUCGUUGGUUCGCCCCACUGGAAAAUGAAAAAGUGGAAAACUCAAAAGAAUCCGUUUUCCCGGUUGAAAUUUCUUAGUUUGAAUUUUGGUGAUGUCAGUUCCAGGUCCAAAACAGAACCAAAUGGAACAACUUUUUUCAACGGAAAUUCCACUUUUUACGAAAUUUCCGGUUUUUUUAGACUACAAAAGCUUCUUAGUUUGAAUUUUCUCUAGAAAAUGUAGCUAAACUAUGCCUGGGUAAAGUUUAACUAUUUUGUGAGGAACCGGAUCAUUGUCUCUUGCAUGUAAACUGUUUUAUAUAUAUAUGCCCUUUCCAAGUUGCCAGCCAUUCAAUAGAUGCAUUUUGUUCUUACAAGAAUGUGAGUAACUGCUGGUUAACCGGGCAAUUUGUAUUGUAAGCGUCAGUCCUUGAAAAAGGUGUUAUUUGUAAAAUCCAUGAUUUAAUGAACCUCUACAUAACAAAGUUUUUGGACCAUAAUGAACAAUACUCCUAGCCCCAGUAAUUGUAAAAUAAAUGGAAAAGAACCUUGGUAUAAUGAAAACUCCUUAUAGCAGACACAUUAAUUUUUACCUGCCCCUUGGCCCUUUGUGAUAUUGAGGUUCCAUUGUAAGAGGCAUAUAUAUUCUGCCAAGUGCUUUUAUGGGUGCCGUGGAUUGGUUUCAUUUAUGGUACAGUCUUCCUUAUUUAUCUGACUUCAAUGAACAGGUGUUGGAAUCUGCUGGCAUCUUGAGAAGCAUUAAAAGAGUAGCUGGGGCUAGUGCAGGAGCAAUAAUUGCAGCACUUAUAUCACUAGGGUAUGACUCAAGAGACUUGAAGGAAUUCCUGGAACAGGAUUUAAGACGGAUUUUAGUUGGUAGGUUUUAUAUCCCACAUGUUUGUUUAUAACUUCUAUAAAUGUCAGUCAAGACCUGUGUUUUUACACAAAGUAACCUAGCAAUACAGCAGUUUUGUCUUGUCCAUCAAAGGGUGACCUGGUCUGCAUGUACAUGUAAUUGUCCAAGUAGAAGAGUAGACUGUUUUUGAGGGUCACCAAAUAUCAAAUCUGGGUCUUGCAUGGUCAAUUUCCAAAAAAUGAUACAAAAAAGUAUAAGAAAUAAAUUUGUCAGGUUUCAUACCCAUUGUACUUAUAAACUUGAUGGCGCAGAUUAGCAAUGAAGUGACUACUGCCCUGCAGGAUAGGAUGCUACAUGAAGUCCAUCAAUCACAGGGUGAUCUCCUGCUGGUGUAAACUAAGAGAUUUGUGUACAGUUCUCAUCUAAUGACUCAUAUAGCUUUCCAUAGUAGAUACUGCGAAAGUAUAUUAAUAUUAAUGAUAAAAUUACAUAGCACCAGUUUUCUUUACAUGUAGUUUGAUGAUGCUGAUACAGUGUGAGCCAAUCAAAAGCUUAUAGGGACAGUUUGUAAAAUCAUAAAAACAUAAUUUAGUGAUUUUUGGUAGUAACCUCUUUAUACCAUGCAGGACAGUGUUUAUAGUUAAAGGCUCUGAAGAGUUGAACCUUACACUACCAAGAAAAACAUCUUGCUAGCAAACAGGGUAGGAUUGGAACUCUCCCUGGGCCGCCCAAUUGGGAGUUCUGUGCUCCUGCAGACCCUUGCAUGUAGGCCAUGCUGUCUCCAUGCUGCUAUUUCUGGGUAUUUAAUAAGUUUCAAUGUAAUUUGAUCUUGGUAUUUUUGAUUUGUUAGAUCAUACUUGUGGUUAUUGUAGCCUUCUUCCAAACCUACUGAAAGGAUUUGGCUGGAAUCCAGGGAAGAGAAUGUUGAAAUGGUUUGGAGAACAGCUUAAGGAGCGGACAGGUGACAGCGAUAUUACAUUUAAGGAGGUGUGUGGAAUGGUCAUAUAAAUGCAGUCAAACCCUGCUUCACAGACCCCUCCUUAUUACGGACAGUUUGCUUUGUCCCUGAGGAAAGAAAGCCCUUAUUAAUACAUUUUCUCUAAAUUCAACCUGCUUAAUAUGGAAUAAUAGUACGUCUGACACUUUCUAUGGCAGUCUUGAGCAGUGUCUGUAUUAACGACGUUUAACAGUAUUGUGACUUGUGUAAAGUAACACUGUGAAAAAGAAAUUUCAGUUAUCAACUGCUAGGAUGAUGCUCAUGUUGUUUUUUUUCUAGUUUUCACACACAAUGUAACUAUGUUAUUCAGUGCUUGAACUGCGUGAUGAGUGAUUGAUUUACACAUGCUUUCUAUCACAGGGUAAAAAAGAAUUUUUUAAAAAAGAAAGAAUUUUAAUUCUUCAGUACACCAACACUUUAGCACAAACUUUAGUACAAAAUCUUUUGCAUGUUUUUUUUAUAGAAAAUGCAAACUAAAUAACAAAGUAUCAUUAAAAGGGGAAAGGUUAAAGUUCAUUGAUUAAUGUAUUCUCUUGCAAUGGGAAAGUGAUUUUGUUUCAGUCAACAAUAACAGCUUUUUAAUGUCACAGUGAAGGGAUACAGCCUUGAAAUAUGAAAAAAUGCCAAUCUUUUGUGUUUGUAGAGAUGUAAUAAUAAUAAUCUUUGACUUUAUUUUUGUCAUCAGUAUUUGCGUUUAUGUCAGUGAUAUUAUAAUUAUUGUGUAUUUUUCUCGAUAAUGUUCUUAGCAGAUGGUCAGAAAAGACAAACAGUCAUACUAAGUUUUCAUUAUAUUUUGUUGAGACAUAAACCAGCUAACUUAAUUACAUAUUCCAAACAUUGACAACUUGAACAGAAAUUAAAACUCACAUAUUUAGACUCGACUAGAACAGAGUAGAAUAGAAUAGAACAGUGGAAAUUUUCUAGCACUGGUUGAUUUGAGGAACCAGAGGUGAGAUUGGAACUCAGCAUCUGAAGUGGCACUUUGCUGCUGCUUCACUCUAUGUAGCAUCUUACCCUGCCCGCCCCCCCGCCCCCCCCACAUCGCCUUCUAGUUGAUAUGUUUAGGAUGAAGGUGACAAGGCCAUUGACUUGCAGUGCUGCAUCUGAACCAAGGUUUUCUGUCAAACUUUUUUGUGGUUAUUGUAUUUCCAGUCUUGUUGCAAAGGAAUUAUAUGUGUAAAGAAUAACUUUGUUAUAAAUACUUACAUGUACAGGUGUAUGAGCGGUUCGGUAAAGAGCUGUGUAUUGUGGUUACCAACUUGAAUCAGAUGUCAGUGGAGUACUUUCACCCCAAGACAACUCCAAAUACACCCAUAAGAAGAGCUGUUAGAAUGUCUGUUGCACUUCCUGGUAAGUCUAAUGUCUUCGGAAUUACUAUUACUAUUAUUAUGUUUUAAUAACUUAUUGAAAACCAUUUAAACCAUAAAAAAAAUGUUGUUAAAUACCAGUACUUAAGUGGAUCAGCUGUUAGGUAUAUCUCAGAUUCGAGGCAUUUUGAAAGUACCUACAUGUAAAUGGUAGUUUUUCCUACCCCUUUUAAAUUUCUAACUUCUUCCAUGCAUUGUAUCAGCCCUCCAUAGUCCAUUAUAGGGAAUGUCCUCCCCCCCUCCCCCUUGAGCUGUGUGUCCCUAUAACGUAAGGUAAACAAGCUCAUUCUUUACAGCGGUUUGUUUAAGACAGCAGUAUAUUUGUAGUUCCAGGUUUAUGUUACAUGUCACAUUUGCAGAUUGUGGAACAUCUGGUUCUACAAUUAUGUACAUUUGUCAUGAAAAUAAAAAUAAUGUACAGCUUCUACAUUUUUGGAUCCAAAAUGUUGUCAACACUCAGGAAGAGAACAGGAAGAGAAGCAGUAAAUUGUUUAUGGAAAGAAGAGGCUUAUCUGUUUAAGCAAUUCUACAGGCUCCUUUACAAAAGAGCAAUGUACUCUGUAGUACAUAUAGUGUAGUUGUAAUAUCAAUAUUUUUUGUAUGUCUUCUAGAUAUAAUUUAUGAUAGUUUGGUUGAUCUGCUCUUUUUGUUUUUGAAGGUGUAUUUCAGUGUGUACGUGAAAUGAAUAAUGAUUAUGAAGAUGUGUACGUAGAUGGAGGCCUUUUGUGCAAUUACCCAAUUCAUGCAUUUGAUGGUGAGUAGUUUUGAAUUCAUAAUUCCAGUUGUUUUUAUUUACUUCCCCAUGGGAUAGCUAAUGAUGCAUCAGGAUUUUAGACCUGAAGUCCUGGCCAUGUGCCACUUCACUUGUUGUUCCAGUUUGGACAAGCUACUGUCCGUCACACAGUCUCUCCUCGCCUCAGCUUGAUAUAUGGAGUGGAUAUUGGCAAAAUGCUUUUACGGGGUAACCCUCUUAUGUACCAUUAUACCAUUCAGGAGGCAGCGGGUGUGACACUGCCUACGUUCCUCAUGGCCACUCAACUCAACUCCUUGUAUAAUUUUCUGCAUCCCGCAAAUAACUAAUGUACUUACAGUGUGGAUAGCAAAAUAGCAUCACUUUCAUAAAAUAUUUCUGAGUGUCUCUAUAACAUGGUUUGGAAUGGGAGGAGCAAACUAACACUAACACUAACACUAACACUAACACUGUCUUGUCCUAUCUUUUUGGUCUCAUACAAAAUGUUCUAGGGCUUAGCAAAAUGUUCUAGGGCUUAGCUGUGUGUCUGUCCAGCUAUGCCGGGCUCUCUUGUGCCUCACCAUUGUGCACAGAUCUAAUGGAUGAAGAGCAUACAAACUUCAUAUGGGCCUCACUCUUUUAUGGCAUCAACUGCCCUUUUAGUCUAAGCUUCCUUAUGAAUCAAUGUUUGUUUUUAACUCAAGAUUGUUUGUGAAGCAGCAAAACAUUAAUAACUGAUUCUAAAGCUCAUCAAUCUUUUUGACAAUUUUUUUCCUUAAUAGCGUUUUAGACACAUCUUUAUAGAUAACAAUCAAAACAGUGACUACAGCUAGUGCUGAUUGGUAAUUUUUUUAGGGUGGUGGUUAUCAAUGGAUCCCAAAGACACAUUUUUCAAGCGACUACAACCUCUAGAAGAUUUUGCAAAGCUCUUUGAAAAAUCAGAGAGGUUUGGAACAUGGAAUAAUAAAACACUAGGAAUAGUUUUGGUAAGUGGAAAAAAAAAAUUAUGUGAUGAGAAAAUAUGAUGUAAAUUCCAUUAAAUUGUAACUCUUUUGUUCUUCAAGUAUUAUAUUAUAUUGAUCAAGUUUCAAAUGAUGGUGAAAUGUUUUGUAAAAGCAGGUUUUAAUAGCGUUGCUUUUUAUUUUGGCCUUAUUUUGUAAUCAUUUUGACUUUUUAGCCAUUUUUGUAAUCAUUCCUAAGCCAGUCAGAAAUAAGAAUGAAUUCAAGUAUGAGUUACUCUUGGUCUUUUUCCCUUGCCCCUUGCUCAGUAUACUUGCUUUGUCGACCUUUUGUAGUUAUUUUUUUCUUGUAUAUUAUAUAACUGUUUCUUUUUUGUUGUUGUUCCAGUAUUCACAUACAGAGACAGAGCUAAUGAAAACUCUUCUUACUGAACGAGAAGGCAAUAAGCCUCCAAAGCCGCCAGCCACCAAGCUUGCCAAGUAAUGUUUAGUCCUUGCUUUCAUUUUUGUUCUGUUUAACUUUGAAAUGAAUAUACCUAAUUCUGUGGUACUUGUGUGUUGCCUAAUGCAGAGAGAGACUGGAGAAUAAUGCUAGAGUAGAGACUCUUAUAACCAAUUGUGUGUUCUGAGUGGUGGGACUGAGUACUGAUUUGCUUCCCACCAAUGUGGCCUGGGUUAGAAUUCCAGACUCGGCAACACGAUAUCAUGUGUUGUUGGUAUUUCUGUAGAUACUGCGGAUUUCCCUUACAAAUGCACGAUGACGAUAUUUGACUACAAGUACCAGAAUUCAUUUCGGUUUUGUUUUGUUAUUUAAAUUUGUCAAUCCAGCUGAGGAUUAAAGAACAAUAGCCUUAAUUUGCGCAAGAAAACAACAAACUCAAACUAGUAGUAAAAUGACGUCAUCGUGCAAUUGUCCUAUUGUAGUAUGAUUCAAAACAUGGCAGAUAAGAGCCAUUUCGUUGAUGAGUUACCUCUUCAAUCAUAUAUUUUUAAUGUUUAUAUCAUUUCUCCUUUUCGUUGUGUAAGAAUCAGUUUUAUAAUGAAAAAUCUUGUAAGCUGGUAACGUGCUGAUUAUUACCUUGCAGACAGAGACUGAAAUUACAACACCAACAGGCCAUAAUGCAUCAGGAGCAUCAAACAAUGGUGAAGGCUGUUGGAAGAUUUAUGGCGGUUCGUGACAUUACUGUUUUCUUGUUUUUACGUACUGAGCAAAGAAUGUAAACUGUGUGGUACUGGUGUGAAGUAAAAAAUAGGCACCUUACGAAACUACGACGCGACGGCAACGGUAGUGUCAAAAAGCAAUAGAUUUAGUUAGCAAAACAACAACUUUGCACGUGCAUCACGCUUUUUUGUACAUUUCUUUGCCGUCCCUGCGCGACUACAACGUGAAAUGACCAAAUGUUAAGUUGUUUUUUUUGAGGACGGGAACGGCAAGGCGAUACAUUCUACCUUCUCUGUCUGAACUGGGCGACUUGGGAUAAUUAAGAAAUGGUUUGAAAGGAUGCGAGUCUAUUUUUCAGUGACUUUUUCAUGGACGUCGCCGUUGUCGGAUCGUGAGGUCCCUAAUGUAGUAAUUUUAACACUUAAAACUUGCUCUUUGUAACGACACCUAACACUCGCCAAGUGAGGUAAACACCAAUUUGUUUUGAACUCUCACUUUCAGAAUGAGGCCAAAAUCUUUCUUAUGAAUGAUUUCAUUUUGAAUGGGAACAAAAAUCUACUUUCGUAUCAAAGACUUCAUACUUUCAUGCUUAAUUAACCUCGUUUUGAAAAAUAGGUUCAAGGCAACUCCGUAAUGUCGUCAGUGUUACAGAGCGUGGGAAUGCAAACCGAUGAGGUCACAAAAUGAAUUUCAUUUUCUACUCAGCUGAGAAGCACUUUGGCUAACCGUUUCUUUGUAAAAUAAACUAAAAGGCGUGCGGAAUAUUUAUUUUGAUCGGCGGAGAAAGCCAGGUUCCUGCGUUAGUUUCAAAGGAAACUGUGAUGCUGAAACGUGAUGAGAAAGUCAAUUAUUGGUAACUAACAUGGAAAGAUUUAAGGGAGUGCCGUUUCUAGCGCUAGUCCUUCGUUCUGACGAAGAGCAAGCGAUCGAGACGUCGUGUAACAGAAUUGGAAAUAAUUAAUGGUGCUGAUAUCAAAGCUUUCUUCAUCAUUUUACUAUUCUACUCUGUAUCUUGUAGGAACUGCAAAGGAACAAUCUUGAUGAGGAUAGCAUUAUUAAUUUAAAGGAACUAAGAGGGGUCUUCAAGAAGGUACUUUACUACUUCUUUUUAGCUGGUAAUUUUGUGUUUUUUUUUUUUUAGAUUACGAAACAAGGCUUGGUAUAAUCAACCUCGCUAUUAUCGUUCUUUUUAUGUAGCCAGUAGAAUUUACGAGGGAAGAUGCCGAGUUGUUAUUCGGCCCAGAUGCCGAUUACAGAGCAGCCUUUGAAGAACUUGAUACAGACGAAGAUGGAGAGGUUAGAACGAUUUUGCCUCCAUGCGCAGUCUAAUUAAAUGAAGCCUUUUCCACGCUGAUGCGUUUUCGCGAAAAAACCUUCGCCUUCCUCCUUGGUAACAGAAAAUGCGUAAAAAAACUCCGCGUGUUUGACAGUUGUGUUUUGUUAACCUCCAAAGUUACCCGGCCGUACUAGAAGAAAUGAUCCCUCUGAUGUCGAUUACGGUUGUCGAUUGCCGACGGCGUUUGCAAGUAAUAAUAAUAAUAAUUAAAGAUAAUAAUAAAAAAUUUGUAAGGCGCCUUUUGCAAGCAAAUAUGUUCAAAAGCGCGUUAUACAAUACAAUAAUCAUGUUAAAAAGAAAGUAAAAGCUCAAAUGUACAUAGUAAGUGAAAGUAGAUUGGUGUAUUUGGUUCAUACAUACCAAAUGAAUAGGGCUACACACUGUAAGGCCUGCAUCUUACCUGGUAACUUACUACUGGGGUUGGAAUUUACCGGCCUGGUUGCCUUUAGCUAAGUCAAAAUGAUUCUGGGGGUAAAAUGGUUGAUAUAAACUUUUGUUUUGCAGAUUACGUUUCAAGAGUUAAUGGCAUUCAUUGAGAAAAAGGGAGUUAAUCUACAAACGAGAUUUCUUGGUUAUGCUAGGAAAGAGAUAAAACAUUUAGGAGAGUUUAUACAGACACUUCAGGUGAACAAGAAAAGAUUUUUACUCAAUGCAAUGUUAUUGGUGAUUCUCAAAGCUCUCGUGAUAAUUCAAGGUUGUAAGCGUUCUUAGUUGUUGUGUUGAACUUCAAAGACUGCUGGAAAUAAAAUCAGGAGCCAUGAUAUUGUAAUCUAUAUGCCAAAAAAGGUAGAACUGUAGCUACAAAAAGGGAUUGAAAUACUGUAUUUUAGUGAAAUCAAUGUGCACGCAAGUAAUGAUUAUCCCGGUGGCGGAGCCUUGAAAAUUGCGUGUUGUUUGUUGCUUCAUUUUGUUUUAUAAGUAAUGUCUAAUACCUGUUCACUUAUCAGUGAAAUCUUCAUCAUAAGAUUUACAACUGUUCUUUAAUGCAAUUUCUGCCCUUAUCUUUUAUUAUAGACGGCGUUAUCUGUCAAUGUUAAAAGAGUUUACGUCGAGGUAAGUGGUGCGCCUGCGUAUUAUUGACAGCAGACUAGUCCUCUUCUUUCUGACUCAUAUUUUUCUUCCAUGGACACUUAAACAAUCCCGAGAGUCGCGCUCUUUCCAAGAGUCUCAGGCAUAUAUUCUGCAGCCAAGAUGCUCUCAGAUACAUCUGUUGUUAUUGGCCUGUUGACUUUGCCUGCGUGCAGAGGUCUCCUAUUUCCUUUGUUGCAAGGAAAUAGGAGACGUCUGCGCGCAGGCAACUGUAGACUACGAGUGGUCUUCAUUUCCCCUCAGGGAUGGUUGUGCGAUUGAAACGCGGGCGCACGUGAAAUAACCCCAACGCGUCUGGCCUCUCUCCCGUGGGGUUAUUUCACGCGCGCUCGCGUGAAAUAAAUGGGGAAUACUCGUAGUCUGUUGGUCUGCUAUUGUUUGAAGGGCCUGGGCCAUUGUUUAGGUCGUUCAUCUAUUGCAUCCUUAGCUUACUACUAAAUACGUUCUGAGGAUAUUCGUGCCACUUCCAUUUGUCCCGCCCUAGCUGCAAUGGUGUGGUGAGAAAAACCCACUGACGUUGACAUCGGUUUAUUUAGUAGUUUUUUCUUCUUUAUUUCUUUUCCUUCAUAGAUCUAUUAAAUGAAAACUUUUUUUGCCUUUUUGCUUACAGAAAAAAGAUGUCGAGCGAACGAUUGGUAUAGAUACUGAUUACAUUGAGACAAACGAUUUUAACCUGGAAUAUCAGGACAAACAGUUCCUCGUUGAAGUAAGUAUCUUCAAACAUAAUUUGCCACCUUUUAACGUAGGUCAUGAGAAUUUGCGAAAAUAUCAAGUUGAAAGUACCUUCAAGGAGACUUUAUUUUCUAUCUUCUAUUAAGUUAUUUUGGAAGUUGACCAAAAAGCAGUUUGCAACAGCACCAUGUAACACAGAAUCUGAGGCUUAUGUUAAUGUAGUUAAACCUUUAUAAAGCAAUGAGUUUUAGGAUGGACAAUUGAGUGUUUAGCACGGGUUUGACCAGCUAAAACUAAAUCAUAAGAAGAAGGACCAUCAGUCACAAGGUGAAAAGGGAUUUUUACUCUCCUUGCGGCUAAAUAAAACAAAUUUACACUUGUCGUCGUUCACAUCGUUAUUUCCAGUGUCCUUUUCGUCCCAUCCCCUGGAGCCUGGGAACGAAAAUGCGCCGUUCUUUCAAAAGGCUACUGAUAUCCUUUUUGUCAAGGUCCUGCUUCGUCGUUUGCCAUCCAGUAAGGUGGUUUUUGUACCAUGUGAUGUACCAUCUCGGUUAGGGCGGUACGUGAAGUCACCAUUGAAGGUCCAGCGCUGCCCUCCUCGAAAGGAAACUAAUUUUACUUACUGUUUUUUCCUCUAGUCCGGUAGACGAGCGACAAAAGCGUUUCUUCGAGAGUACAAACUUCGCCGCACUCGUAAAGAACAAGAGUCUGCUCUGAGCGCUUCGCGGAAUGAAGGGAGGCCACAAUCCGGCAUUACAGUAACUGUUAGAAGUGCUUCAGGUUCAGAUGACAGCCCGUUCCAGGAAGAUCCUCCACCAGAAUACGCCAUUACACAAAACCGUACAGACUCAAGUGUAGCACAGGCCACUAACCGUUACCCACGUGACUCUAUUACGUCAGUUACGUCAUUAGAAACGAGUCAGCAAGAAAAUCCAGUGCGGCGAUCGUCAGCUGGAGUAAAAUUACCUCCCUUGUCACGUGAAAGGGAAGCGUCACGUGAGCAAAGGGAAAAUUUAGCCAGAGAGGGAUCUGGGGAUAGCGUGACCAGCGCACGUAAGGUAGAUGUUGAUGUAAAACGUAGUCCCCUCCCAAGUCGAAAUCAAAGAGUUGGUGACAUUUCGAACUGAGUUUCAGAUUGCGAACUCUAGGCUAUUCUAGGUUGAUAGUAUUUAUUGUCCCUAGGGGCGCUACAGUAAAGGCGUAUUGUUAGCAUUUAUGCUCAUGGUCCUCAGUCUUGGAAAGAUCGUUAAGGUUUUUGAUCACGGAGACGAAAAUUUGACUAGGGUGUUCGUCUGUAAAAAAGUUAGUGAAAGAAAGAAAGAAACUUUGAUUUUAUCGGUAUACAAAGAAACAAAUGCUAAUACGUUUGUGACACAUGCACUACCUCGUCUCCAGUUCGCACCAAAGCGAGGGCAAGUAAAUAUUUAAAAUAGCUUUCCUGUGAACGCGCUCUGGGCAUGUGCAGUGAGAUGUUCUUUAGUGCGUACCUUGAUGAAAACGUUUUCAAGUAGUAAAUUUAUAAAGUAGAAAGAUUUACAAUGAUUUCUCAAAAAUCAAGAUGUAAAAAUUAGUAGGGACGAUAAUUUGUGUACUGUGCACAUUGAUUUUGACAAUUCCAUUUGAGUUCACUGUGUUAUAGCAUUCAUGCCCGAUUGUCUACAUUGCCUCCUUUAUGAUCAUUUACCGUCUUGUUAACUGGUGUUCAAUCAUGCGCAAUUAUACAUUCAAAACAGAUUGGCGGGUCCGAUUGAAACAAAGUACAACUGCCCAUGAUUUGGAAAGUUUCCGGUUAUUUUGAUGACUUGUUUCCUUAAAGGUUCGUCUAGUUUUCUUCGUUUCAGCCGUGAAACAUAUUUCGAAUUUAGUGUAACUGGUUAUAUAGGGUUGGGAAAAAGAAUCAAACACGCAGAGCACGUCGACUACUUUUGAUGAAUAAACUUGAGGACUUACCGUUUAGUUUUGAAUUUUAUCCUAUAAGCCGCAUCAAUGAUCAACAUCCUAUUUCCACGUAUAAAAUCACUGUUUAAAAGAGCAGUUUGAAGAGUAUUAUUCAGCUUUUUUGGCAAAAUAAUUGAUUAAAAACCACAUUUAAAUAUCGUUGUUAUACUCUUGUAUUGCUACUACAUACGUUGAAAGCUAAAAUAAAAUGAAUUUUAAAAGGCAUAAUGAGGGAGACGACGUUACAUUGUCAUUUAAGGCACAAGACAAGAAGUCGAAAACGUCUCGACUAUUAUCCAUGCUGCCAUAUUCAGUAUUCACCAUUCAUUUCCCAUGUCACUGAUUAGGAGAAUUUGUUUAACAAUCAGGACCGUACUGAUCAUUUCCGUAACUCUCAUGACCUUUCUGUUUGAUUAAACAGUGAUAUUGUAAGGAAAAUUUAGAUGCUGAUCACUUCAUUGAUCCAAACGUUUGAAGUAACCGUUGAUAGAAAUUAUUUCCUUUGGGGUUACUUUGUGUUUUCUUUACUUUGGAGCAUUUUGGAGAUCAGAAUCCUCAAUGAGCUGUCUAAAAAUCAACGAAAUUAUCUGUGGUUGUCAGGCUGGUUCCCGCCACAUCUUAGUUUUUCAUCUAUUAUUAUGCACCCGUGCAUGUUAAGCACUAAGGUGGGCUGAGAAGGGGGGCG